UUUACCUAAAGUCGUUGGCUGGCGAAUUCGAACUCUCAUCCGUCAAAAAUCGAUACUGGGAGAAUCACGGAGAGAAGUAAUAUCGAACUGUUACCAUAUUCCUCAGACUCGGCGUCACUGUCAGAAAUCAUCCAAUCAGUUCCACUUAAAAAUGUCUUUCCAGUAUCCACAAGUAUACCGUGAUGAAGCAGUGGUGGAUGAGUACCAUGGCCAGAAGAUCCCUGACCCAUACAGCUGGUUGGAGGACCCAGACAGUGAAAAGACACAGGCCUUUGUGAAUGCUCAGAAUCAAUUGACUGCACCAUUCCUGGAGGGUUGCGAAGUCCGUGAGGUCUUCAAAGAGCGCAUGACUGAGCUGUAUGACUACCCCAAAUACAGUUGUCCAUUCAAAAGGGGCAGUCGAUACUUUCAUUUCUACAACACUGGGCUCCAGAACCAGAGUGUCAUGUACGUUCAGGAGACCCUGGAGGCAGAACCCACAGUGUUUCUAGACCCCAACACGUUCUCUGAGGAUGGAACAGUGGCCCUGCGAGGUUACGCAUUCUCGGAGGAAGGUGACAUGCUGGCGUACGGGAUCAGCGCCAGUGGCUCGGACUGGGUGGAGAUCCGCUUCCUGCGCGUGGACGGGGCCAAGCCCCUGGAGGACAAGCUGGAGCAGGUCAAGUUCAGCUGCAUGGCCUGGACCCACGACGGCCGUGGCCUCUUCUACAAUUCUUACCCCAAGCAGGAGGGCAAGAGCGACGGUACGGAGACAUCCACCAACUUGCACCAGAAGCUCUACUACCACGUGCUAGGCACUCCUCAGUCUGAGGACGUGCUGUGUGCGGAGUUCCCUGACCAGCCCAAGUGGAUGAGCGGAGUAGAGGUUUCAGAUGAUGGCCGAUAUGUGCUCUUGUCCAUCAGAGAGGGCUGUGACCCUGUUAACCGACUGUGGUACUGCGACCUUCAGACUGUACCCCAGGGCAUUACAGGGCUGUUGCCGUGGGUGAAGCUGAUUGACAACUUUGACGCGGAGUACGAAUACGUGACCAACGAGGGCACAGUAUUCACCUUCAAAACCAACCUGGACGCCCCACGAUACCGCCUCAUCAACAUCGACUUCAGCCAGCCAGCCAUGAGCGCAUGGAAAGAGCUCAUCCCCCAGCACGACAAGGAUGUCCUCGUGUUCGCCACCUGCACCUUCUCCAGCUUCCUGUUUGUGUGUUUCCUGCACGAUGUGAAGAACGUGUUGAAGAUGUUCCGGCUGGCGUCGGGCGAGGAGGUGCGGACCUUCCCCCUCGAUGUGGGCUCGCUCGUGGGCUUCACAGGCCGCAAGAAGGACUCGGAGAUCUUUUACUACUUCACCUCUUUCCUCUCGCCAGCCAUCAUCUACCACUGUGAUCUCACCAAGGAGCCUCUCCAGCCCCAUGUCUUUAGGGAGGUCACUGUCAAGGGCUUCGACCCCUCAGAGUACCAGACUACUCAGGUGUUCUACCCCAGUAAGGAUGGCACACAGGUCCCUAUGUUCAUUGUACAUAAGAAGGGCAUUAAGCUGGACGGUUCCCACCCUGCUUUCCUGUACGGUUACGGAGGCUUUAACAUCUCCAUCACACCCAGCUAUAGUGUGUCUCGGCUGAUCUUUGUGCGCCACCUUGGGGGGGUGUUGGCGGUGGCUAACAUAAGAGGAGGGGGCGAAUAUGGAGAGACCUGGCACAAAGCUGGCAUGUUGGGGAACAAGCAGAACGUCUUCACAGAUUUCCAGUGUGCAGCCGAGUACCUGAUUAAAGAUGGCUACACCUCCCCCAAAAAGCUCACCAUCAACGGAGGCUCCAAUGGAGGACUGCUCGUGGGUGCGUGUGUGAACCAGCGGCCAGAUCUGUUCGGUUGUGCCGUGGCGCAGGUGGGGGUGAUGGACAUGCUGAAGUUCCACAAGUUCACCAUCGGCCAUGCCUGGACCACCGACUUCGGCUGCUCUGAGAUCAAGGAGCAGUUUGAUUGGCUCAUCAAGUACUCUCCGCUGCACAACAUCCACAUCCCAGAGGGCGAGGGCGUUCAGUACCCAUCAGUGCUGCUGCUGACCGGUGACCACGACGACCGCGUGGUGCCGCUGCACUCACUAAAGUACAUCGCCACGCUGCAGCACACCGUGGGCCGCUGGCCGGGCCAGAGCAACCCGCUGCUCAUCCACGUGGACACCAAGUCCGGCCACGGCGCCGGCAAGCCCACCAGCAAGGUCAUCCAGGAGGUGGCGGACACCUACGCCUUCAUCGCCCGCUGCCUGGACCUCAAGUGGGUCAAGUGAGAUGCCAGGGAGGUUUCUUGCUCUCCCAUUCUCUUUUUCUCUCUCUCUCUCUCUCUCCCUCCCUCACUCUCUCCCUCCUUAGCUCACUCGCUUGGUGUCACCUUGUCUCGAGUUUGAGCUUCUUUCUCUCUCUGUGUCUCUCUGUGUCUCUCUCUGUGUCUCUCUCUCUCUCUCUCUCUCUCUCUCCCUCCCUCCCUCCCUCUCUCUCUCCCUCUCUCCCUCCUUAGCUCACCUGCUUGUGUUUCUCUCAUUCACACGUCACAAUUUUCGGGAGAUUUCCUGAGAUUGUGGUGCUGUUGUUUUUUUACUCUUUUCUCUUCAUGUAGCUCUUCUCUUCUCUUCUUCACUUCUCUUCACUUUUUUAAAGAGAUGUCUAUGAUGGUUCAUCACCAUUCUAGCGCAUCUCUAUUUCCUUCCCUCUCUCUCUCUCUCUCUCUCUCUCUCUCUCUCUCUCUCUCUCUCUCUCUCUCUCUCUCUCUCUCUCUCCCUCUCUGUUUCUCUUGCUCCUUGUGAGAGGAUUUCUGGACACACUACUAAUUGCUGGGAUCCCCAGACGAACCCUGCACUCAGGCUGCCACAUUCAAAUGGUCAAACACUCAUCUCACACACACACACACACACACACACACACACACAAUCACAAUCACAAUCCUUGGCUGACUUCAGAUGUCACAGCCAUGGACCAUGGAUAACUCCCCUCAUAGAACACACUGACACAAAGACAGACAUAAAGACAUACACCCUUCAGGUUUUUAUUUCCCCUGUAGAAAAGGCUUUGAUUCCCCAGCUGAGAAAGACAGCAGAUUCUUCAGUGUUUCCCCUGCCCAGUGUGUAAGAGGACAGCAUGUGCUUUCAGAUUGUGUGGACAAUGGCAGAGUUGCCAGUUACACGUGUGUGUGUGUGUGUGUGUGUGUGUGUGUGCGCGUGCAUGUAUGUGCGCGCACGUGUGUGUGUGUGUGUGAUGGGAGAGAAUGCGAUUAUUAAGUAUUUGUCAUAUCUAUACAAGGCCGAUAUUCAUUUCUACCUCCAGUUCCGUAACACACAGAUUGUUUACCUCUGAAGGGAUCUUCGGUUUUUUGAACACCAUGGUACCAAUAAACCAGAGAAAAGUUUUUGAACAGCA